GUUCUGUGUCGCAAACAAAGCGGAUUAUACUAAAUAGACAUAAACGCAGGUGGCGCUCUUCCGCUUCGCUUUGGGGGAUUUAAAAAUGUCGGCGAACAGAGUGGUUCAGGCUAUACGGCCACACAUCCCACUCAUCAAAUUUCGGGCAGGUGGUGGUAUCAGAAGAGUGAUACCAGCUGGAGCUGUAACGGCCACCCCUCAUCCUAACUCUACCUCUAGCCUGAAACCACCCAGUACCAGGAGAAGUGAUGCACCAGAAUUCUUUCAACUCCAUCCCAAGUACCAUAGAACUAUACUAACUCAGGAGGAGAUGGAAUACAUCAAUAGAGGAGGACCAGACUGAAGAGUGUACCAUCAUGGAUCCAGCAAAACAACGCUGGGGGAAUCCCCUUUAUGUGUAAUACCAAGAGUUAGAUGUUCUAUUUUAAUGUGAUAAAUUUGAACGUCCAUUGAUAUAUAUUUUUAUCCGUGACACAUUCAAACCAAAGCGGGGUCACAUCAUAUAUUUUUGGUGGAACCUUUUUGAAGAUUGGGAAAUCUAUUUUAAUGUGAUGGGAUUCAGAAGGGUUUAUGAUCUGCUAAUGGGUAGACAUAUAGCAAGUAUUUAACAAUUGAAGAUGGUUGUGGGGUGGGAGGCAAGCUGUUAACAUCAAUGGCAUUCAAAGAUAUCAAGCAGGGUUGUAUGAUCCCAAAUAACUGAUGAUACAAUGAUUUAAUGUGGCAUUUGUUAAUGAUUGUGGAAUGAGUUGUAUCUGUUUUUACUGUUUAUUUGUUUCCUUGUCUUAAGAUAAUACAUCAUUAAUACAUACAUACAAUACCUCACAAGUUUGUUGAAGUCAUAUUACUAUGAAAGGUGCUUUAAGCCAUAAAAAUAUUUGUUAAUCAGAGAGCAAAAUAUAUCUCCAUGUACUGAUUUAGGGAAAAUGAUAUGUUAAUGAAUAGUCAAGGCCAGUAGAUUUGUUGAGAAUGAUGACAUACUAUUUUGCUAUAAUGUCACCUGUUAUUUAAUUUUUCACUUUGGUGAGUGAGUUUUAUUUGCAAUGGGAAUAACUUGGGAUGAGCAGUCUCAGUUUGCAUGGUAGCAUGCUUUCACAUUUAUAUUGGAUUUUGUUUAUGUUUCUACCCAAAUCUUAUACAAAGUAUAAAUGUUUUGAUCGUCUUGUCGCUUGUAUAUAGCAUGAUUGUUAAUAUAUGACUUUGUUCUAUUGGACAAUUAGAUUUAUAUGAAUAGUACCACCAAAUGAAAUGUAACCCAGAGUCACAAAGAGAAUGUAGCAAAUGUAUUGAUACACAUUUUGUGUAUUGUUCUCACAUAAAGGUCAUAGUCUUGGCAGCUGGCAGUUACUAUUCAUACUAGAUCCGUGGUUUAUGUGCACUGUAUGAGUACUGUACAAAUAGAUGACCUUACUUACUAGGCACCUAGCUACAGGAUAGGAGCAAUUUAUAUGAUACAUGUAUUAUCAUUUUUAAUGCCUCUAUCAAACAAAUGGAUUGUUUAUUUCUUGUUUUUACAGUACAACAAAGUUUGCUGUGGUUAUGAUACUUUGACUGAUUUUGUUUUUUACCCUUCAUUAGGGAAAGCAUGCUCCCUAAACUGAAUUUUCUACCUUGUUCAAUUUGAUUGUAUAUGAAUAUGAGCAAUUGAGUUUGAAAUGUUUCUGUCUACAGUUUUUCAUGCUCUGAUGUAAAGCUUUGUAGACUCAACUUUAAUUAAAUGUUAAAUGAAAUUUAA